AUGGUGUACCUGGAGAGCGGCUCGCCCUGUAUGGACACCUGCUCCCACCUGGUAGUCAGCAGCCUGUGCGAGGAACACCCCAUGGACGGCUGCUUCUGCCCAGAACCCGGGUACGCCGGCCCCUGCUGUCCAGGCACCGUGUAUGAUGACGUCGGGGCAGCGGCUGCAUCCCGCGUCUGCAACGCCGGCCGCUGGGUCUGCAAGGACCUGCCGUGCCCCGGGACCUGCGCCCUGGAGGGCGGCUCCCACAUCACCACCUUCGACGGGAAGAAGUUCACCUUCCACGGCGACUGCUACUACGUCCUGAGCAAGGGCGACCACAACGACUCCCACGCUCUCCUGGGCGAGCUGGCCCCCUGCGGCUCCUCGGACAAGCAGACCUGCCUGAAGUCGGUGGUGCUGGUGACCGACCGGAAAAAGGAUGUGGUGGCCUUCAGGGCGGACGGCAGGGUCCUGCUCAACGAGCUGGAGGUGCACCUGCCCCACGUGACAGGUGACCAGCUCUCCAUCUUCCAACCGUCCUCAUACCACAUCAUCGUGGACACGGCCUUCAGCCUGCGGCUGCAGAUCCAGCUGGUCCCUGUCAUGCAGCUCUACGUCACACUGGACCAGGCCUCCCAGGGCCAGGUGCAGGGCCUCUGCGGGAACUUCAACGGCCUGGAGAGCGACGACUUCAGGACGGCCAGCGGGCUGGUGGAGGCCACGGGCGCCAGCUUCGCCAACACCUGGAAGGCCCAGUCCAGCUGUCACGACAAGCUGGACUGGCUGGACGACCCCUGCUCGCUCAACAUCGAGAGCGGUGAGGCCCGGCGCUGCUGGGCGCUGCCCGUCGGCCCGGGUCCGGCCAAGGCCAUCGAGGCCCGGGGCACGGGGGCUCCCGAGGGGGAGGGGCGGGGGCAG